GUGAUUGGACUAUUCCGGGUACUAUUCACGCCCUCAGCCCCUCCCCGCCUCUCUGCUCUCCACUCCUCAGUUUCUGUGGCUAAGCGCUAACCAGCCAAGUUGGUGAAAUGGCAGAGGCCCUGUCCUGUCCCAUCUGUCUGGAACUCCUGAGGGACCCUGUCACCAUCCCGUGUGGACACAGUUACUGCAUGCUCUGCCUCCAGAACCACUGGGACCAACAGGUGACCUACAGCUGCCCUGAGUGUCGCAGACACUACAGCCAGAGGCCGGUCCUGGGCAAAAACAUCAUGCUAUCCACUUUAGUGCAGCAGCUGCAGAGGACAGCGCACCCUGUUGACAGAGCUGAAGAGAGGAGGGCUGAGCUGCAGAGCCAGAGGGCACUGCUCCUCCAGAACCUCCAGCUCAAAGAGACAGAACUGGAGACCCUCCAAUGGGAGGCCCAGGAUAUCAGCCGCUCUGCACGGAGAGUAGUGCAGCACAGCAGGGACAUGUUCACAGAGAUGACCCUUCUCCUGGAGAACAGACGCUCUGAAGUGGAGCGGCAGAUUCUGUCUGAGGAAAAAACCCAACUGCGCCGAGUUCAAGAGCUCCAGGACCAACUACAGCAGGAGGUCACAGAGCUGAAGAGGAGCCUCUCUGAGCUGGAAGAACUGUACCAUAAGCCAGAUCACAACCAGGCUAUGCUGUCCUGCCCCCUGCUGACCACAGACACACAGAGCUCAGAGUCCAGAUUCCAAACCAGGCCAAAAGAAGACUUUGAGUUUGUGACCAGAGCUGUGACUGUGCUCAGGGACAAACUGCAGCAGACUCUGAGUGAGUGUAAUGUCCCAGUGUCCCAAGAGCCACUGGCUGAGCCACGCUGCAGAAACGACUUCUUAAAAUACGCUCGAGAAAUCACCCUGGACCCAAACACAGUGUUCCCACAUCUGCUUCUGUCAGAUGGGAACAGAAAAGUAACACACACGAGUGAAGCUCAGAAGUAUCCAGAGCACAGCGAACGCUUCAGUGUGUGGAGCCAGGUCCUUAGUCGAGAGGAGCUGACAGGUCGCUGUUACUUUGAGGUGGAGUGGAGCGUUCGAGACAUGGUCCGAAUCGCUCUGUCGUACAGGGACAUACACAGGAAAGGCUACUCUGACCAGUGUGGACUUGGUACCAAUCAUGUUUCCUGGGCUUUGCAGCGAAUGAAAGACAAGCUCUCCUUCCUGUCGGGUGGGGUCCAGUCUGAGGUACCAGGACCAGUUGGGUCCAGAAUUGGGGUCUAUCUGGACCAAAGCAAAGGUCUGUCUUUUUACAGUGUGGAGGCUGAAGACAUGACCCUGCUCCACAGAGUCCACACCAGCUUCACUCAGCCUCUGCUCGUCGGAGUCCUGAUUGUGUGGGAGAAAAACACGGUAUACUUCCCUGAACUCAGAUAAGACUGUUUAGAGUGUUUGAAGGUGCACUAUGGAAUUUUUCAGGUAGAUAUAGUGCUGCUUUUACUGGAAUGUUCCACAAUUGCUGGGUUUCAGCUGACAUCACAACAUUCUGGCCAAUAAUAUUUAACACAUAUGAGGACAGUUAAAAUAAAUCAUCAUAACUUCACAUCCAUCAAUAUGGCAUUUAACACAUAUUUUGUAUUCAUUCAAUUUCAGGUGUUUUUAUUGCUCAAAAAUACUGUGGAAAAACAUGCAUUCUUAUUGUGAGUGAAGUCUCUAGUCUCCUCUCCACAGAUCUGCCCUGUCUUCAUGAAUAGUUCAAAUGCAUUGACUGUCUCUAAUUGUGCUGUCCAAAGAUUACAGUUUCUUCUUAGUAGUAGAACAAAAUUGAUUAGAAAUGUUUUAGGAAUACAAAUAUUACUUAUUAUACUAACUCUUCGCUUGUGUAAGUACCUAUGCAGAUGUAAGAUUAAAAAAAUAAGAUAGGAACCAAUGCACCCUCUUGACUUUACCAUUUUGUAGCAGAAAAAUAUGCAAAUAUGCUACAAUACUGUUAGCACCCACUUUACAAUGCAUACACUAUAUUGUACUGUGAUGAGAAAUCUGGAUUAAUCUUUAAAGACAUUACAGACUAAAGGUGCACCAUGUAACUUUUGUGUUGAGGGUCUGACGCCUGCUUAUUACCAUGGAGAUGUCAUUGCUUUGCCUCGAAUGUUCCACAGUUUGGCAUUGAAGUUAUCUAUUUGCAUUCAGUUCCAGAUGUUUUUAUUGCUCUUUUUAUGUUCUCACUAUGAGCAGGCUUGCUCUCCACAGAUUUGACCUGUAACUUCGGGCUGAUAUAAAGUUCCCCAGUGUGCUUCCAUGGUUAUAUAUUUUUGUUUUAUAUGAAAUAAAUUUGACCGAGAUGUA